AUGGAUUUUUUAAAUAUUGGUUCUUUCUCUUUUGUCGUAAUCAUUUGUUUAUUAUUAGGCUUUUUAUAUAAAUGUUUAAAUCAAAUAGAAGAUUUAAAAAAACAAAAUCAACAACAAGCCAAUCAAGAGUUAGAAAAUAAUUAUCCAUUAACAAUUUUUAGAUUAAAUAAUGAAAUCUCUGGAUUAGAAGUAGAGAAAAGAGUCCACCAUGAUCAUCUUUCAGUUCUCGCUAAAAAACAAGAAGUCCUCGACCAAAAGAACAAAAGUGAAUUAGAAAAGUUAUCCAAUCUCAAAAAUGUCCAAUCACUUGAAAUUAGACAAUAUCAAACCUUAGCUAACCAACAAAGACAAAUUCUUCAAGGAAAUGAUAUUGAACAAUAUAAAUUGGUCGAAGAAAGAGACUCAAUCAAAGCUAAAUUGGAAAAUCAAUUUAGAAAAUCAAAUAAAUUAGAAGAGACAUUAUCAGAAAAAGAUGAAAUUAUCCAAAUGCUUGAAAAAAAGCUUUUAUCAGAACAAUUAGCUGUAGUUCAACUCUCCUGUGAACACAAACAAGCAAUGGAUAAAUUAAAUGCUAGAUCAUAA